GAGUGGUAGCUCCCAGGCACUUUCAGUCUCCUUUGGACAGCGAGAGGAGCAGCAGCAGCUUCCAAAGCUCAUUGAGGUAGAAGAAGACUAUGGGAGAAGACAUCUCUGCUAUCUAAAGAAACAAGGAGCACCACAAUAGGACUGUGCAUUUCAAAGAGCUGGAAGCCCAUUUUGUCAAGUCAUCCAGUUUGUGAAACAGAUGGGAAUUGGCUCUGCUGGACCCCUUUUCUUGGAAAAUGCACUGAAUCAGAGACUGUGCCUAAUAUGGCUGAUUGUGAUCUUUACCUCUACUGGAAUGGACCUCAACGCAUGACUUUGUUACCAUGGUGAUGAUCCUAACUACAGCUCUGGAAAACAAAGGUGCUGAUUCUCUGUCAUGCAGAGCUGAGCUGCACACUCCAAAGAAGAUGAGUCAAGGACCCACUCUCUUUUCUUGUGGAAUUAUGGAAAAUGACAGAUGGAGAGAUCUCAGCAGGAAGUGUCCCCUUCAGAUCGAGCAGCCAAGUACCAACAUUUGGGACUGCUUGCCAGACAAAAGCAAAGAGAGCUCCAUAUGGCAGAGAGAGGCAGCUGGCACAUGCUCGGUGACCAAUUUGAUCAAAGACCUCAGCCUCAGUGACCACAGUGGCAACCCCUCUGCACCUCCCAGCAAACGUCAAUGUCGGUCGCUGUCUUUUUCGGAUGAGAUGUCUAGCUGCAGGGCUUCAUGGAGACCUAUAGGAUCAAAGGUCUGGACUCCUGUAGAAAAAAGGCGGUGCUAUAGUGGGGGAAGUGUCCAGCGCUACUCCAACGGAUUCACCACCAUGCAGAGGAGUUCAAGCUUUAGCCUCCCUUCCAGGUCAAACCCUCUUUCCUCAUUCUGUGACCAGUCGGGAUUUAGCAACAGAUUUGGAUGUCAGCCAUGCCAAGGAAUGAGGAGGUCGGCCACUUACGGACAGGCAAGCGAUAUCUGGGGCAGUGACCACAGUUCCAUAGAAAGCAGCAGGAUUGAUAUCCAGAGAUCGCUCUCCUGUUCCCAUGAUCAGAUUUCCUUUUCGGAGUAUUGCCUGCCCUCGGCAAACAGCACACCUGCCUCGACCCCAGAGUUGACAAGGCGUUCCAAUGGGCUUUCCCGAAGCCGUUCCCAGCCGUGUGUCCUUAAUGACAAGAAAGUGGGGAUUAAACGGCGGCGUCCAGAAGAGGUGAAGGAACAGAGACCUUCCCUGGACCUUGCCAAGAUGACCCAGAAUUGUCAAACCUUUAACAGCCUUAGCUGCCUUAGCACCACAGCUGACGACUGCUCUCAGAAAAACCAGUUUUCACCUGGCCUCAGCAGCACCGAGGGAUGGAUCACAACUUUGGACGUCAUGCCCGGCAGGACCCCAGCUUGCACCCCUGUGCCAGAGCCACACUCACAUGCAGAAGAAUGUAAAUCUGGCAAAGAGGAAGAGUUCUCCUAUGAGGAGUCCGAGUUUUGUGCCACAGAGGAUGAGCGGAAUAGGAAGGAAGAAGAAGAGCCCUCAUGGAGAAAUGGUGGGACAGGAGGGGAUAAUGUCUUUCAUCUGGAUGGUGAAUUAGAUAUUGAGCAAAUAGAAAACAACUGAGCAUGCAAAAGGGAUGUGCCUGUCUGCAUCAAAGCUUUCAGGAGUGGUAAAAAUCCCACCGAUGUUUGAUGCAGACAGAGAAGAGAAGCCACAUUCUCCUUCUCCUUGGCAGGUGGGAGGGAACAAGGAAGCUUUGCCAAAAUUUCAUCAGGUAUCUUGUUAAACCUUGAAACUUUUUAGAACUACUGUAGCCCACGAGGUUUUGUAAGAAAGCUUUAGAGAAAAACCUCCAGAUUACAUCAGCACAUUUUUUAAAAAGCUUUGUGGAUGUAUAAAAAACUUGAACUUUAGAAUAAUGCCUAUUUUUUUUUGAAAAAAAAUGUGUUUGAAACAGGGCUUAAGUGAAGAAGAAAGGAAAGACCAGGAAGUCUCUUGCUGGUCUUCAUUCACAACAUAGGUAGCAUGCCAUCUAGAGAGGCAGCUGGUCCAUGCUCUAUCUGAUGGCAAUCCUAAUCCACUUUCGCUUUUGGAAAGAGUGGACUAUAUUUUGUUGUUGUCGUUCUUGUCAAUGUUGUUGUUGUUGGCUGAUUUUGAUUCUGAACUGCACCUCAACUAUCCUUUUCAAAGGGGGAAAAGGUGGGUUUAGUGUUGCUCUUUGAAUUCAUAUUCCAUUGGAAUAUCUUUCAGAUUGCAUUUCUGAUGUCUUACAAAUCAGACAAAUCCUUCGCUACAAAAUCAAGCUUCUCAGAUUCAAAGUAGACUGUUCUGGUCUGUAAACGCCAUUUUUUGUAUCUGCAGUCAUCAAUAACACCACAAAAAGACAGCCAAUUUGUUUUCCCAGUUCAGCCAGAGAGACUUGUGAACAUAUGCAGGCUUUCACACUUGCAGAUGUAAAUGUGCUUUUUGGAAGCAUAGUCAAGUGAGGCAAUAUAUAUGCAGAAAAAUGAGAGUUGGUGAAUAAUGGAAAUUCUUGAGAUUAGUUCUUAAUAUCAGAAAUAAAUCAUACAUAUUUUGUGUCCUCUGUUCCCUUGCCCCACUGAAGUGGUUAACUGCAUUUUGUAUAGCUGGUCUCUACAAUCACAAUUGGCAUCUAGAUUAUUCUAUGGAUCAGCAGACAGAACUGAAGAUGACACCUUGUUUUGAUUAGUUCACACUUCCUAGGACCACAAUGAAACAACAAUAAUACAUUACACUGCAUUAUUUUCUCAAAUAUUUCCAGCUUCAUUGAAAGAUGGUAGCCAUGCUCAUACACAGUGACAUCUACAUCUUCUAGGCUGAACCUCCUCCUGAUAUAUUAUUGAUCCUUUUCUCCAUGAUCACCACUUGAAGAUACACAGAUACAUCAUGUCCUAAGACCAAAAAAAAUGCCCUCAAUAAAUAUCUAUCAUCUCAUUGUCCUUGUUUAUAGUAAGAAAAACCUUAGCAGCAAACAUGGGCAAACAGAUAUCUAGCUGGGUAGUAACUUGCCAACAGAAAGGAGAUUGUCAUCACAUCAGAAAAUCUAGUUCACAGUUGAGGGAUUGACAGUUUUCUAAUAUCAGGGUUCUGUAUUAUUAUUUUUUUAAAGUUAUAUUUCUCCAUAAAGAUACCUAAAAAUUUGGCACGGGGCAUGAAACCAGCAUACUUUGCAUAUGUCUACAAAAUGGUGAAAGUAAUUGAACAGGAGGUUAGAGCAUCUCCUCCCAACCUCCGGAGAUGUCAUUCAGUCAGCCCCAAGGGUAUCCUGCUUUGCACUUCCUCAUCAGCAGUCCAACCGGUUUGUUUUUACCUCUAAACUGUCAAAAUAUGGGUUGAACUCGAAUUGCAAGGCAUGAUAACUUUUGCUUGGCCAUUGUGAUUGGUCUGACAAACACCAAUUCUAGUUUGUAGGUUUUGAUGGAAAAGCAAAUAUGCAUUUUCUGCACGCACAUGCACACACACACACACAAAGACCUUUUUACGAAAUCAGUGCAGGGUAAGGGAGGAAAGAGUGCUAAAGCCUGAGCCUUGAUGUUAUUUGUGUACAGAGCCAUUACUGCAUUUCAUUUACAGUCACAAGAACUUAAAAGCAAGUUUGCAAUACCUCUAGUUAGUACAAAAAGAUUCACUCGUAAAUUGUUACAAAUAACAUCACUGGUGGUCACAUAUUUUCCAUCCCUAGCUCAGAUAAACAAGCAAUAAAUAUAUAGUCCCACUCAGGGUUGUUGUUGUUAUGUGAAACACAGACAAUACAUUUCUUCCUAUGAUGAGACUGAUACAAAAUGCAGUUUGAAAUACUACUAUUCAAGCAACUUCACUCCAGCAUUUCCUUCCUUUCUUUCUCUGUUUUUUUUUCUCUUUCUCUUUCUUUCAUUGAUAAAGGUGAACAAUAAGCAUUUACACUUUAGCACAUAUAACUCAGUUAAAUAAGCUGUUCACAUACUACAUGGAAUUUUGUUUUUGUUUACUUAAAAGUGGGUGGGUGGGAAAUAAAAAAUAGAGAAGUUUUUUUUAAAGCACCCUAUUUUUCUGCACUUUUUUUUCCUACUGGGGUGUAAGAUGCUUGUGGUAUGUUACAUCUCAGUAGCUUCCAUCCAAGCUGUAGCUUUACAAAUGUCUAGUCAGACUGCACAAGUUUGUGGGGUUUUUUUUGUUUAUUCUUAUGUUGAUUUCUUUUUAUUUCCUCCCUAGUUCAUACUCACAUAAUGUUCAAGCCAAAAAAUGUUGUAAUGACAUAAUCAUACCUUAAGGAGGGUUUGCUUUAAGCCUGAAUUCUGCAUUUUGGUGCCACGGCGCAACCUGGGGAACACAACUGUUAACCUUGAUCUUUCCUAGUAGAACAUGCACUGUAUGUUCACAGUGUUUGUUUGGCAUAUGCCAAGUUAACAUAGCUGCUGGUUUUCCAAAGCAGACAGGUGAUUUACUGACAAAAAGCCACCUUAGGCAUGAUUUGGGAUGGACUUCUCCAAAUUGAGCUAAAUUUCAUUCUAAUCAGACCUGAAUUUGAUUUUUUUAUUAGAUUCGUUUUUGCUCAUAUCUUGUAGUUUUGUCAUUGAUAAUGUUCAGAAAUGAAAUAAGGCUUCAAAGGUGUCCCUACUGCAUACCCUCUAUGAACCGUCUUGCUUCUCCUUUCUGCAAAAUCUCCCAGAUGGUGGGAUUUUGAUUAUGUAGUGCUAUGGUUCUCAACCUGUGGGUCCCGAGUGUUUUGGCUUACAGCUCCCAGAAAUUCUAGCCAGUUUACCAGCUGGUAGGAUUUCUAGGAGUUGAAGGCCAAAACAUCUGGAGACCACAGGUUGAGAACUACUGAUGUAAUGGCAUCCACUAUGGAAGGUACUGCUUCAUGGAGCUUCAACAGCAACCUAUCUGCUCACCACCAUAAACAGUGAGGUUGUGGUGGUGGGAUGGUGGGAGAGCUGAGAAGUUCUGAGAUCGUAAUGGUCAUCUCUAAAACCCUCUAAUUCUCAAUGUCAGCUGCAUCCCUAUGGUGGUUUGCUAUUGUUAUAAUUUCCUUAGCAUUUUUGACCAUUUAAAGAAAGAUGCUUGCAGGUUAAGCACACUGGAAGUGAAUCCAGUUUUCCCCUUCCAUUUCUCUAAUAUAAGACAAAGCCCAUGAACUUUUUAUUUCAGGACCUGGACAUCUUUUCAGCUUCAUUAUAGUGAGAAUUGACCAUGGAAAUAAUACAUAUUUGAUCCUGCCUUAGUUCUUCUGAAUUCUCAUAUAGAUAGAAAGUGUACCUUUCUUUCCUUUUCCCAGCUAUUCUUUUAAAAUAACAACACGGUGUAGCCUUUACCGUCAUCAUGCAGACCUACAUAAACUACUAUUACGAUACUUGCAAACAGUGGAUUGGAUUCAGACUGCAAUCCUAUGUAUGCUUACAUGGCAGUUAAUUGAAUUCAUUUAUAUGUUGUGUGGGAUAGUUACUUAGUUUAGAUCCCAUUGAAAUAAACAGGGUAAGAACGCAACCAACUUAGUCUGGGUUCAACAGUCCUGUUUACCUCUCAUUUAUUGCAUGCUCCUGAAGUGGCAAGACUUUCCCCAGCUUGGAUUGCAUAGAUUUCUCCAAAACGUCUUCUACUCUCUAGUGAAUGGUCAUAUUUUUCUUUAGCACAAUACUUUACAGUUGAAGUAACUAUUCCUAAUCUGAGGGUUCCUGUCACACAACAGAACUAUGGCACUAUGAUUCUACUUUAACUGCCAUCGUUCCAUGCUAUGAAAUCCUGGGAUUAACAGUUGCCCAGAUGGUGGGAUUUCAAUUAUGUAGUGGGUCUUAGCAUCCACUAUGGAGGUACUGCUCCAUGGAGGUUCAACUCAACCAGUCUGCUCACCACCAUAAAAACAACAGUGAGGUUGUGAUGGUGGGGUUGGUGGGAAAUCUGUACCCAAGCUGAGGCUGAGCUUCAGAGAGGUCUCUGAGAAGUUGCCUGGAAUUCAUAGCCAGGGAAAUCCAGUGCCCAGGUCUUUAUAGUUGUUGCAGUUGAAGUGGAAUCAUAGUGUUAUAAUUUUAUAUAGUAUAAAGGGGCACCUAGUAUCUAUAUGUGGAACCGUCCACAUAGAAUUCAUCUUGUGCCAUUUAGCUUGAUGCUUUUUGGGAAAGCGUAUCAGUCUUUUUAGGCCUGAUUUGCAUAGAACUUGAUUUAUGGCAGCUCAGUUUGCCAUUAGUUCUACAGAGAUGGCAUUUUCCUAUCCUCACACUUUAAAUUCAAAAGGGCUUUAAAACAAACAAAUAAACAAAAAAAGCUGCUACCUACAACAAGUCAAAUUCACAGAGUAGAAGAGUGCCCCAAUGGACCACUACCCAACUCUUCUAGCUGUAGAGUAGCAUUUCCACAGCAGUAAACCCUCUUUGCCUUAGUAAAGAUGAUUCACUGAAUAAUGGCCUUACAGUGGACACAUCUGCAUAGACACAAUAAUACUUACUCGCCUAAAGUUAGGCCAAGGCGAUGGUUCAUUGGAUUGUACUGCUUUUGGUUUUUUUAUGAUUUUAUGUACUGAAUUGAGUUUUUGAAAGCCUUACUUUUAAGAAAUAGAAAUUAAACAUUGUGGAUUUAUGAAUGUGUGUGUGUGCGUGCGUGUGUAAAAUAUACACACACAAAAUGAAAUGUCUGAAAUGUGUAGUAUGUGCCCCAUACGCGGGGACAUCCUCUAGAUUAUAAUAACAUGGAAGGUGUUUUGCUCAUCAGAAAAUAAAAGAAACUCAACUGGAUUACAGAGAGCUCACAUCAAUUGAAAAGUCACUGGAUCCCUCUAACAAGGAUCACUGGAUUCCUGCUGGACUUAUCAAAUAUGACACAGAUCACUUGGUUUUCUAGUAGGUAUCUGCCAAGUUCACAAAUCUAUUGCUGACCUUGUUCUGUAGACAAAUACAUUUAUUUGCUCAGCAGUGAAGUCUAAUAAACAAGGAGACAAGACCCGUGGCUUGUUUGGAGCUUGGAUCAAUCUGGACUGUGGACAUUUCAUGGCAAUAGCACUAAAUGUCGGCAAAAUCAAUAGUCCUUUCUGAGAACCAAGUUCAAGCGAAAGACAUCUGCAGGGUGCCCCCUCUUUGUCUUAGCAUGGAUGAACUUGCUUACAGGAAUUAUGUCAAGCAUCUGAAGUCAUGACUGCUCUUUGUAACAGUUCUCAUGAAGUGUUAAGAUAUAUCAUCGGAAAGGAUAUAUUUCUGGGUUUGAUUGUAAUUUUUCAUAAGGUAGCCUAUCUUUGGCGAAUGACAUUGCUUUUCAAGUGCAUUUUGGGGUGAUCCUUUUUGAAUAGGACAGGAUGAUAUUUUUAGGAUUAUAGCUGUGCUUUCCAGCAUUAAUGUUUUUUGUGUUUUUUUAAAAAACCAAUGAAUUAAAAUAUACUGAUUGGCCAAAAAGCCUUUGGGAAACCAUGAACUCUGGUAACAUUUAAUGUAUGGAUGUGGACGUGUGCGUGUGCACAAGUGUGUGUGUGUUUCUCUCUGUCACUAGUAAUUGCACAGACGCAAACAUAUUGACAAAGUCAGCUCUGUAAUUGGUGUUACAUUUGUUCAAAAUUUGCUAUUACUGAAGACUGUUCCUUGACCUGAAUUUUUUUUAAAAGACUGCUGAUUUGUACUCUCUCAAAUGACCUUAUUGCACUAUAGAGCAGCUCAGUCUCAGGAAUUUACUUGUUACUUUGACUGUGUAAAUAAAGCUUUCUGAUUCCGUAA